AUGGGCGCUGGCCUCUUCUUCCGCCAGGUCUGGACGCUCUCCUGCAAGAACAUACGCAUUGUCUUGAUCCGGAAUCCGCUCGCCACCGUCAUCCGCGCCUUCGUUAUCCCUCUCAUCCUCUUCGCCUUCUUCUCCUUUGCCAAGUACCUCUUCGUCCCUCCAGCUGUCUUUGGCGUCGGUACCCUCAAGCCGCUGUUGUCCCUCUCCGAUGCCCUCGCCGAUGCCGCUAUUACCGGUCGACACACCGUCGCAUUCUACAAUGGAGGAUUUGCCGGCGGUGCCAUUGACGCCGUCAUUGACAGCGUCGCCACCCAGGUCGAGCAGGCCGGCAGCAUCGCCGUCCGUCUGGCCAACGAAUCUCAGAUCGAGACCGUCUGCCACAGCAGCCUGCGCGGCGUGACCACGUGCUAUGGCGCUGUGUUCUUCGUUGCGUCGCCCAACGAAGGCUCUGGCGGCAUCUGGACGUACGACAUUCGGCUCGACGGCUCGCUCGGCGCCGGCAAGAUCAACGUCGACAAGGGCACCAACGACGGCGAGGUCUACAUGCUACCAUUCCAGCACGCCAUCGAUGCCACCAUUGUCGGCCAGCAGACCAACAGCACCGCCAGCAACAACGUCAUUGCCAACGGCAAUGUCCACGAAUACCCCUUCACGUCGCUCACCCCCGCCGAGCGCAGUGACGAGAUCCGUGUGCAGUACCAGGCUUCGCUGACCAACUUCUUGGCCGUCGCCUUCAUCUCAGGCGUCAUUGGCAUCUGCUAUCACUUGACCGGCUUCGUGGCCACCGAGCGCGAGCUGGGCAUGGCUACGCUCCUCGACUCCAUGAUGGCCACGUCGGACGGCGGCCGCCGCUGGGGCGAGGCCCAGGUGGCGCGUCUUGUCUCGUAUCACUUGUCGUUUGUCGCCCUCUACCUGCCGGGCUGGGUCUUGGGGUCGGCUAUUGUCUCGGCAAGCGUCUUUGCCCACUCCAACGCCGCCGUCAUCAUAUUGUACCACGUCACCGUCGGCCUGGCACUGGCGUCCAUGUCGCUACUUGGCGCCUCGCUUUUCCGCCGCUCGCAGCUCAGCGGUGUGUCCGUCACCAUUGUCUAUCUGCUGUUGGCCAUCAUCGCCCAAACCCUCACGCGGCCGCCGACCCCCACCGUGACCGUCUUGAGCCUAUUGUUUGCGCCGUGCAACUAUGUGUACUUUGUCACCAACGUCGCGCGCUGGGAGCGCAAAGAGUGGCCUAUCAACCUUGUGGAGGUAGCGCCUGACAGUCCGUGGCAUCUUCCUGGUAUUGUACUAUGGGUCUUCCUUCUUUUGCAAAUCAUCAUCUAUCCCAUCAUCGGGGCAUAUAUUGAGCGUUACCUCUACGGCACCAUCACCACCGGCCGCACCAUCGAGACGCGUCCUGACGACGGCGGUGUCGACGCGAACGGUAACCCGCUGCCGGCCCUUCAGCUGGACGCGUUCAGCAAGACCUACAGCCCUGGCCCGCUGCGGCGUGCCUUUGGUUGGGCCAAGAAGGCACCGGAGCCUGUGCAUGCCGUGAAGGAGCUGACGCUGUCCGCUGUUCACGGUCAGAUUCUAGUGCUGCUCGGCGCCAACGGUAGCGGCAAGAGUACGACGCUCGAUGCCAUAGCCGGCACAAGCAAGCUGACAAGCGGCCGCAUCACAUUGGACGGCACGCGCGGCCUCGGCAUCGCGCCCCAAAAGAACGUCAUGUGGGACCAGAUUACCGUAGAAGAGCACCUGCACAUUUUCAACCGCCUCAAGUCUCCUUUCAACCGCGCGUCGCGCGAGGAGAUCCGCGACCUUAUCAAGUCUAUCGAUCUCGAGCACAAGGCCACCGCUCGCGCCAAGACGCUCUCGGGCGGCCAGCAGCGCAAACUGCAACUGGGCAUGAUGCUUACGGGCGGCAGCGCCGUGUGCUGUGUCGACGAAGUGUCGAGCGGUCUCGAUCCCCUGAGCCGCCGCAAGAUCUGGGAUAUUCUUCUGGCCGAGCGCGGCCGCCGCACCAUCAUUAUGACCACCCACUUUUUGGAUGAGGCAGACUUGUUGUCCGAUCACAUUGCCAUCCUGUCUAAGGGCACACUCCGCGCCGACGGCUCGUCGGUCGCUCUGAAAGACCGCCUUGGCGGCGGCUACCGCAUCCACGUGCACAAGACCAAGCCCAACGAAAAGGCCGCUGUCGUCGUGCGCAGCGAUCGCGACCUGCCCGAUGUCGAGGGCGUCGUCAAGAAGAACUACUUUGACUUGGUGACGUACAUUGCACCCUCUUCUGGCCAGGCCGCACAAGUCAUCCGCACGCUCGAAGCUGCCGGCGUGACCGACUACCGCUUCUCGGGCCCGACCCUAGAAGAUGUUUUCUUGCAGCUGGCCGAAGAGGUGCAACAGGAGCAGGAAGAGCACGAAAAGAGCCAAUCGGUCGGCACCGGGCCCGACCAGGGCAAAGAGAGCAGCACCAGUGUUGCUGGUGAUAAGCACGAGGCGUCUGACGAAGCUAAGCCGGCUGCAUCCGGCAUGCUAGUACCAAACGACAGCAAUGACGGCGUCAUCCAAAACGCCGACGGGAACAGCGGUCUAAAGCUGCUUUCGGGUCGCAGGAUCGGUUACUGGCAGCAGGCCUUGGUGCUGUUCCGAAAGCGAUUUGUCGUUUUCAAGCAUAACUGGGUGCCAUCGGCGGCGGCCUUGGCCAUCCCGGUCCUUGCCGCCGGCCUCGUCACGCUCUUUGUGCGGAACCAACAGCCCGUCGGCUGCUCUUCGGCCGACCAGCUGUCCAAUGACCGUCCGCAGGAUCUGGCAGAUUUCGGUGACUAUGUUUUCCUCGUGGCUGGCCCUGCGGCUCGUUUCGGCGACAUCAACGCCGUCAUCGACCUAUUCACGCCCAUGUUCACAAACAGUAGCGGCAAUGGCGGCACCGGCAGCAGCAGUAACGACACUGCCAUUAUCGCGCAGAUCUUCACGAACAUCACCUUGGCUGAUACCUUUGACGACUUCAACGAGCUCAUCCUCCAGUACCGCAGGAACGUGACGCCCGCGGGCCUCUGGCUGGGCGACGGCAGCUCGCCGCCGACCGUGGCCUACCUGGGCGACUAUUUCGACCACGUGAACGCCUUUUUUGGCCAGAACUUGAUGAACGCGCUGCUGGCCAAUCUGUCUAUAUCCGCUAGAUAUGCCGACUUUGACAUUCCCUGGUCGCCCAGCACCGGCAAUUCGCUGCAGAUGCUUGUGUAUGUCUGUCUGGCCUGCGCCGCCUACCCGGGCUUCUUCUCCCUUUACCCGAACCUCGAGCGGCGCCGCCACGUCCGCGGCCUCGAAUACUCCAACGGCGUGCGCGCCUUGCCGCUCUGGAUGGCCUACGUGGGAUUUGACCUUGCCAUUGUCCUGGUGUCGUCGGCGCUCAUGACCAUUCUCUUUGCGGCGUUGUCAAGUGUCUGGUACCAUGUCGGCUACCUCUUCCUCAUCUUCGCCCUGUACGGCUUGGCGUCGGCCCUGCUCGCCUACAACAUCUCGCUCUUUUCCCGCAACCAGUUGACAGCCUACGCCUUCACUGCCGCCUACCAAGCCAUCGUCUUCCUCGUGUACAUGAUUGCGUACCUCGCCACCAUCACCUAUGCACCGGUCAACCAUAUCGAUGCCGACCUGCUGGUUGUUCACUUUGUUGCCUCGGCCUUUGCGCCCAUUGGGUCCGUCAUCCGGUCGCUCUUUGUGGUCCUCAACUUGUUUUCAGUCACCUGUGACGGCACCGUCAUCAACAACAAUCCGGGCAGCUUCACGCUGUACGGAGGGCCCAUCUUCUAUCUCAUUUGGCAGUCGAUCCUCCUCUUUGGCGUCCUCCUUUGGUUCGACAGCGGCAAUGUUGGCGCGUCCUUUUACCGCCUCACCAAGAUGCUGCGCCGCAAGAAGUCGACAGGCGCGACGCCUCAGGUCUUUGUGGACAUUGACGGAGACGCCUUCCCCGAAGAUGCCGGCCGUGUUGGCGAGGGGCCGGCCCCGGACCGCGGCUUGUGCGUGUCUCAUGUCACAAAGACGUUUAAGCGCAACACCGCGGUCGACAAUGUCAGUUUCGACGUUAACCACGGCGAAGUCUUUGCGCUGCUUGGGCCCAACGGUGCCGGCAAAUCGACCACCAUCUCCGUGAUUCGCGGCGACCUCAAGCCGGACGACGGCGACGUCUUUGUCGAGGGUCUGUCCGUCACCAAAAAGCUCGUGGCCGCCCGUGGCAGCCUGGGCGUCUGCCCGCAGUUUGAUGCCGUCGACCAAAUGACGGUCCGCGAACAUUUGCGGUUUUAUGCGCGCGUCCGCGGCAUCGAAGACGUCGAGUACAACGUGCAGGCCGUCAUCCGCGCUGUUGGCUUGCGCGCCUUUAGCGACCGCCAGGCCCUUGCGUUGUCCGGCGGCAACAAGCGCAAGCUCAGUUUGGGAAUUGCCCUCAUGGGCAACCCGGCCGUCGUCAUUCUGGACGAACCUUCUUCCGGCCUAGACGCCGCGGCCAAGCGCAUCAUGUGGCGGACCCUGGCGGCCACCGUCCCCGGCCGCUCCAUCCUGCUCACUACCCACUCCAUGGAGGAGGCGGACGCGCUGGCGGGCCGCGCGGGCAUCCUGGCGAAACGCAUGCUGGCAGCGGGCGACACGGACGACCUGCGCGCCCGCUUUGGCAACCGGCUGUACGUGCACUUGGUGAUCCGGGGCGCGCCGCGGACGUCCGACGCCGACACGGCGCGUCUGCGGCAGUGGGUGCAGGACACGUUGCCGGGCGUGGAGAUUGACAAGGAAACGUACCACGGACAAAUGCGGUUUGCGAUUCCACUGGGCGACAUGAGUGGCAGAUCCAACAACGACAACAACAAUGCCAAGGAGCUGGAUCUUGAUGACGACAGCAGCUCGCGGGCCACGCCGUCGGAAAAGAAUGUGGCUACCUCCACCACGACAAGUCCCGGCACCCUCAACCUCGCGUCUGCCUCUUCGACCACGAGCGCCAUCGGCCGCCUGGUGGUUCUAUUUGACGAGCACCGCCAAGCGCUGGGCAUCGACCACUACAGCGUCAGUCCCACGACAUUGGACCAGGUGUUCCUGGAGAUUGUCGGCCGGCACAACAUCCAGGAGGAGGGCUACCACCGGGAAGAAGAGGCCGCGGCAGCAGCGGCCGCGGCACGGAAAAAGAAGUGGUGGAAGGUUGGGUCCCGUUAA